CAGCGGAGCCCUGCCAAGCCAAGCCCGUCGGCCACCGCACACCCGGGGAACCCAAUCCCAUCGCGAACGCAGAAGAUCCAGUUCCAGCGGCGGCGGCAGCGGCGACGGUGGUGGACUGGACGGACUACUAGUAGCCAUAGCCAAUAGCCGCCCAUUCCAUCCAGCCAGGCCUCUACCCGUAUCCUCCUCCUCCCCCCGUCCCGCGGCCCGCUGCCGCUCCCGCCGCCGGCAAUGGCCCGGCUCGUGCUCUCCGAGUGCUGCGGCCUCGCGCCGCUCCGCCUGCGCGCCGGCCGGGGCGCCAUUGCGGCGCCGGCGCCCCCCGCCGCCCUCUCCGCCGCGGCGCUGCCGCGCGGGCCCGCGGCCGCGGCCAUCCAUCGCGACUGGGCGCUCCGCGUCUCCGCGCCCACGCGCCUCGCCUCGGCCGUAGACGAGGGGGACAGGAGGAGCGCCGCGCCCGGGGGGGAGGAGGCCGCGGGCGGGGUCUUCGACCCCGGGGCGCCGCCACCGUUCGGGCUGGCGGAGAUCCGCGCGGCCAUCCCCAAGCACUGCUGGGUCAAGGAUCCCUGGCGCUCCAUGAGCUACGUGCUCCGCGACGUCGUCGUCGUCCUGGGGCUCGCCGCCGCCGCCGCGCGCCUCGACAGCUGGCUCGUCUGGCCGCUCUACUGGGCCGCGCAGGGCACCAUGUUCUGGGCGCUCUUCGUCCUCGGCCACGACUGUGGACACGGGAGCUUCUCAAACAACCCCAAGCUCAACAGCGUGGUCGGCCACAUACUCCAUUCCUCCAUUCUUGUUCCAUACCACGGAUGGAGGAUUAGCCACAGGACGCACCAUCAGAACCAUGGCCACGUCGAGAAGGACGAGUCCUGGCACCCGCUACCGGAGAGGCUGUACAAAAGCCUGGACUUUAUGACUAAGAAGUUGCGGUUCACCAUGCCGUUCCCCUUGCUCGCAUUCCCGUUAUACUUGUUCAAAAGGAGUCCAGGGAAGAAAGGAUCACACUUCAACCCAAGCAGUGAGUUGUUCCAACCUAAUGAAAAGAAGGACAUCAUAACUUCAACCGCAUCCUGGCUAGCUAUGGUUGGUCUUCUGGCCGGUCUCACCUUUGUGAUGGGGCCUAUUCAGAUGCUAAAGCUCUAUGCUGUCCCAUACUUGGUAUUUGUUGCUUGGCUGGAUAUGGUCACAUACUUGCACCAUCACGGCCACGAAGACAAGCUUCCUUGGUACCGUGGAAAGGAAUGGAGUUACCUGCGUGGAGGACUGACGACGCUCGAUCGGGACUAUGGAUUGAUCAACAACAUCCAUCAUGACAUUGGAACUCAUGUCAUCCAUCACCUUUUCCCCCAAAUCCCGCAUUACCAUCUCAUUGAGGCGACUGAGGCAGCAAAACCAGUGCUUGGCAAGUACUACAAAGAACCAAAGAAGUCAGGUCCUCUACCGUUGCAUCUAUUUGGGGUGCUGUCGGAAAGCUUAAAGCAAGACCACUAUGUUAGCGAUACCGGAGACGUAAUCUACUACCAAACUGACAAGAAGAUGACAUAAACCAUAGCUAGUAGCGUAUUCUUCAUUUUUCUCAGGGGGCUGUGCCUGAAGACGUGAGCAGCCUCUUGGGACCUCUGAUUGGGUGCCCGAGUCCAUUGAUAUGUCGAUUCAAGAAUGUAAGUUGGAAAAACAUUAAUCAUGCAAAAGAGGGUAAAUGUAAUUCUUUCCAAUGAUGGAAGACGGAGGCCGCCUCCGAUGUAACAAAGCAUGUGAUUCUUUGGACAAGAGGUAUAUUACAGUAAAGAGCGAAAAAGAAGCUUAGAUACCUGAA